AUGUCACUUCCAAUAGUGGCCUGUGCCCUUCUACUGACGGCGUUGGCUUCUUCACAAUUUGUUGAUGGCUGCUACACUUCCAUUUUCGCUUUUGGCGAUUCCCUCUCCGACACCGGAAACUAUAUUUCUUUAACCUCCAACGGACUUUUACAGUAUGAUGGGAUUCCCAGUUGCAGCGUUCCUCCCUAUGGGGAAACAUUCUUCCGUCAUCCCACCGGCCGCUGCUCCGACGGCCGUCUAAUCAUAGAUUUCAUUGUGGAGCAAUUUGGCCUGCCACUUGUGCCGCCGUAUAGCGGUGGCGGAAAUGCAAAUCGCGGAGGAGGAGGUGUGAACUUCGCGGUGGUUGGAGCUCCAGCUCUGACAGAGGAUGUACUUCAGUCAAACGGGAGUUACUCUCGCGACAAUAUCUCCAUGAUGUCUCAGAUCAACAUGUUCAAAAGCCUGCUCCCAUCUAUCUGCAAAACCUCAAGUUGUGACGAAAUAUUGGACAAGUCAUUAAUAGUGUUUGGGCCUUUUGGAGGCGACGAUUAUGCUUCUGGCAUUUUGAAUAAGAGGGUUGAGGAUGCUCAUCGCCUCCAGCCUCUAGUUAUUAACGCUGUUGCAUCUGCAAUUGAGGUCAGCCUUAUACUAUUAGGAACUCAAUUCAUGCCUUUUAAAAAUUGUCAUGCUUUAUUUUGUGGUGAUGAUGCCAUGCAGGAACUAAUUAAGCUUGGUGUUGUAAACCUCAUGGUGCCUGGAAUGUUACCGGAUGGAUGCAUAGGAGUUUCAUUAACAGUUUAUUAUGGUUCAAAUGAAGAAGAUUAUGAUCCGAUUACUGGUUGUCUCACUUGGCUCAACGAAUUUGCACAAAAACAUAAUGAAUUGCUUCGAAAAGAAUUGACUCGGAUUCAAGAACUUUAUCCUAACGUUUCUAUUACUUAUGCUGAUUAUUACAAUGCUGGAUUAUUACUAACAAUCCUAUCUCCAAAAAAAUAUGGUUUUAAUGAUGAAAGUCGACUUAUUGCUUGUUGCGGAAGUGGAGGUCCAUACAAUGUAGACGACGACGCAAAAUGUGGCUAUCCAUCCUCACAUGCCUGCGAUGAUCCUUCAUCUUAUAUCCAAUGGGAUGGUGCACACUUGACACAGGCAGCAUAUCAAUGGAUUGCUAAGGGUUUACUAAGUGGGUUAUAUACUUCCCCAAAUAUUACUGCCUCCUGCUCUACUUCUGCUAAGUGGAUAUAACAAUUGCUAUUAUGGUAUGGUGUUUGGAGGGAUAAUAAAAUUGUUA